AUGCACUUGCAGUCAAAAGAAGUAGUCAAGCUUUGGCCCAAUACUAUAGCAACGCAAAGGCAGAAGAAUCUGGAGGCAAAGGCUAUUCGCCAGCAGAUGGACGAGGACAAAAGAAAGAAACUUGAUUUAGAGGAGGCAAAAUACAAGGAGGAAAAGAGAAAGGAGGCCAUACAAAAAGCUACAGCUCAGCUCUUCCAUCAAACAGAGCGGGUCAAGAACCUGCAUAGCGCGUACAGGCUGUCACAUGUGCUGCAUGAAAGGGAAGCACAAAUUAAAUUCAAGCAGCGGAUGAAAAGUUUUGGCAAAGAUAUGGACAAAACCUUCUUUGAAACAGCUAUGGCCAGAGAGGAAGAAGCUCAGCGAAAAGAAGAAGAGAAAGUAAAGCAAAAGAAAAAGGAGAGCCUGGCAGUUGUGGAGGAGCUGAACAAUCAAAUAAGAAAACAUGAUCUUGACAAAGAAUACAAAAGGCACCUAAAAGAAAAAGAGUUGGAUGAGCUGCAGCAACAACAUGAGCUUCAUCUGUGGGAACAAAGCAGGGAACAAGAGCGACGUAAGGAAGCGAGGGAGCAGCUCAUGCAGGCCAAUCAGGAGCAUCUAACAAACAAACAACAGGAGAGAGCCGCACAUGACCGAAAAGAGCGUUUGGAAGACGAACAAAGAAAACUAUACCUCUCAGCAAAAGAAAAAAUAAUCAAGUUAAGAAGAGACAAGGAAAAGGAGAUGAUAAGGGAAACUCAAAUGCAACGGGAGAAAAUCUUGGAAAAAAUAGUUGUCUCUCAACAGCAGCAGGCUAGAAUUGAAGAGCUGAGACUUGCACGAGUUGUUGCUGAGCGUGAGGCUCGGGAAAUGCAGUUGGAGCAGGAGGAGACGGAGAGGAAAGCUGCUAUGAUGCAGUCCAUAGCUGAACACAGGACCUCUUUGAUGCAAGAGAAAGAGAGAGUGAAAGAGGAGAUGAAAAAGAAGAAUGAGGAAAUGCUUCAGUCUAAAAAGGAGGCACAGAAAAUAUAUUUGGAAAAACAGCAGCACAAAGAGCAGAAGGAGAAAGAGGAGCGGCAAAAGCUGCAGGAGUUCCACAAAACACAAAUGAAUGAAAAACACUCAAAGCAACAGCGGCAAAAACAAGACAUGAAAGAGUUUGAAGGGCUCAGAAGAUCUAAGGACGCCACAAGAAUGUUGGAACUGCAAAUAAGACUGGACUGCCCUGGGUAA